GUAUCGUGGACAUUGGAAGCAAUGGUAUCCGAUUUGGAUUAGUAUCUUCAUUGAGUCGUCAUUUACCUGUAAUUUAUGAAGAAAGGGCUCCAAUAUCAUUGUUUGAAGCUCAAUAUUCUGGUACUGAGCUUAUACCAAUCCCGGAACAUGUAAUAGUUGACGUUAUAGAUAGCUUAAACCGUUUUAAAUUACUUUCACAAUUUUAUAAAGUUAAUGAUGUUCGUGUUCUAGCAACUGAAGCAACACGAACUGCCCCUAAUUCUGAUGAUUUUCGUUCACGAAUUUAUAAUGCAACAGGUUGGGAAAUAGAAUUACUUUCUAAAGAUGAUGAAGCUAAAAUUUCCGCUAUGGGUAUAAUUGCCACUUAUUAUGGUGUUGAAGGUCUAGUCAUGGAUAUGGGUGGCGGCUCUGUGGAAUUAAAUUACGUAAUUCAUCAUCCUAAAGAAGGUACAAUCAAAAUGUCUGAUUCUCCGAUAAACCUUCCUUACGGUGCUGCUGCGUUAACAAAAUUAUUGGAUGAAGCGGAUAAACCACGAAAACGUCAUGAAUUAUUUAAAUUAUUAAAAAGUGAUUUAGAAAAAGGUUUGAAAAAGUUGAAUCCUCCCAAGUCCAUGCAAGAUGAACAUGGCUUUACGGUUUAUAUGUGUGGUGGUGGAUUACGUUCAUUGGGUUAUUUAAGUAUGUCGGAAUUUGAAUCGGAAACUUCCGAAUCUUCAAAGCACAAAGUUGUUUAUCCAAUACCAAUAAUUAAUGGUUAUGGAAUUUCCGCAAAAGAACUUGCUCGAAUUACAAAACGAUUC